GGGGAGUGGCAAAGGGACCAAAAAAAAGGACAGAGCGAUGACCAGAAGAGAGGAACACAGUUUGAGUUUGAAGACUUGUUUACUUCAUCUCCACUUUACUACAGAAGGUGAAUAAUACAGUACUAGCUACAAUGGCUUUCCUGCUGAUAGCAGUGACAACUUUACAUUUGAUCAUUCUGGCCAUGCUGUUCAUCGCCACUGCUGAAAAGUCUUGGUGGACAUGGGAAAAUGUGGAAAAAGCAGAUCUUUGGCAUAAGUGCUUUUAUGACAACAGCACAGGAACUUUGAUGUGUUCCUCUGCAAAUGAGAAUGAAUGGCUGCGGUCAGUGCAGGCACUGAUGGUCCUGUCUGUGCUCGUCUCAUCCCUCUGCUUACUCGUGUUCCUUUUCCAGCUUUUUACAACGUCAAAGCAAGGCCUCUUCUACUUUAGUGGCCUUGGCCAAAUCUUUGCAGGUCUGUCAGUGUUUUCAGCUGUCCUCAUCUACACCAUUCAAAGGAAGGAAAUCCUGCAGGACCCCCGUGAGCUGAGUCAAGGCCAUUUCGGUUACUGCUACGUCCUGGGCUGGGUGUGUGUACCUCUGCUACUCGGUAGUGGGGUUCUGUAUGUCCACCUCCGUAAGAAGAAAAGCUUUGCAGCCUGAACUGGGAUUCUGUGUGCUCCAUCACACUACAGACUGUCUCAUAACCAAGUAUUAAGCCUAGUUACGGAUAAAGCAUUGUGUCUCUAAAGAGAAUCGGCAUUAAUAAGGCAGUUUAGUACUAGUACUGCUUUUGCUAACUUUCGCUUCUGAAGCUGCAUGUAACGCCCUGACAGUCUGCAGUGUAACGCUUACUGUGUUUCAAUAGAGGGCGCUGCUGUCCAGGCUUAAAUUUCUGCUUCAGAAAAUAUACAGAAAAUACAGAAAUGGAGUUUUUGUGCAUUAAAACAUAUAAAUGUUAGACAUCAUAUGUUCUCUAUUACAUUUUCCUCCAGCAGCUUGUCAUGGGUGCCGAAAGUUUAUAGCAUUGUAAAAUACAACUGGAUCUUUGUAUCUAUCAAACCUAAAGCCUGAAUAAGAAAACUUUCAUUCAGCUCUAGGGAAUUUUUAUUUUGAAAACAGGACGUGGCAUUAGAACUUUUACCACAUAGUGAAAAUGAGAGACAUAAUUCUAUCACAAUUCCCCCCUCCCCAAAGCCCUAGAAUAUUAUUCCUUAAACUGCACAACUGCACAACUGCAUAUAGUCUUCUGUCAUUUACCAAACUUAAAUACAGUUUAAUUCAUUAAACUCCCAACAGGAAAGUUUGAUUUCACUGACACUUAAGCAUCAUUUUACAGGCUAGUGUGACCUAUCACUCAACAGCUGAGUUGUCAUUUCUAGACUCUUACACUUUAUAGUAACAAUAAAUGACUGGGGUAGCAGAAAUUAAUUUAACAAACUUGUUGGAACAGUUGCAUCCUAUCCUAGUAAGUCAUGUUAAAUAAUCUGUAUGCUUUUCAGUAUUAUCCAUCCACUUACAGUUUAUGUCUGCAGAUGUAUGUUAGAUUUUAUGCAGCUAAAUAAAUGUCUAAAAAUAAUUUUAAAAAUGAA